AUGGACCUGAGCGCGGCCGCCGCGCUGUGCCUCUGGCUGCUGAGCGCCUGCCGCCCCCGCGACGGGCUCGAAGCAGCGGCGGUGCUGCGAGCGGCGGGGGCAGGGCCGGCCGAGAGUCCGGGGGGCGGCGGCGACGGGCGGACCCUCGCCGCGGCCGCGGGCACCUCUGCUGCCCCGGCCGCCGCGGCUCCCGGGGCCCGCGCUUCGCGCCACGCCACCGGCUCCGGCUUCAGGAACGGCUCGGUGGUGCCGCACCAGUUCAUGAUGUCGCUUUACCGGAGUCUGGCCGGGAGGGCUCCGGCCGGGGCAGCCGCCGCCUCCACCUCGGGCUCUGGCCGCCACGGCCGCGCGGACACAAUCACCGGCUUCGCAGACCGGGCAACCCAAGACGAAUCGGCGGCCGAGACCGGCCAGAGUUUCCUGUUCGACCUGUCCAGCCUUUCGGACGCCGACGAGGUGGUAGGCGCGGAGCUGCGCGUGCUGCGCCGGGAGUCACCGGAGCCCGGCCUUGGUGUCACGGUUACCCCACCGCUGCUGCUGCUGUCCACGUGCCCCGAUGCCGCACGCGCGCAGAGCCUGUUGCACUCUCGGUCCGCCGAGCCCCUGAACGGGGAGCGCUGGGAGGUGUUCGAUGUGGCAGACGCCGUCCGGGGCCACCGCCGGGAGCCGCGCGCGGUCCGCACGUUCUGCCUGCUGCUGCGCGCGGUGGCGGGUCCGGCGCGGGGACCGCUGGCGCUGAGACGGCUAGGCUUCGGCUCCCGGGGCGGCGGCAGCGCGGCGGCGGAGGAUCGCGCGCUGCUGGUCGUCUCCUCUCGAACGCAGAGGAAGGAGAGCCUGUUUCGGGAGAUCCGCGCCCAGGCCCGCGCGCUCGGGGCCGCACUGGCCGCGGAGCAGCCGCCCGACCCGGGUCUGGGCGCCGGGUCACCGACUGCUGUCAUCGGCGGUCGCAGGAGGCGGCGGACCGCGCUGGCCGGGGCUCGGGCCGCGCAGGGCAGCGGCGGGGGCGCGGGCCGGGGCCACGGGCGCAGGGGCCGGAGCCGCUGUAGCCGCAAGCCGCUGCAUGUGGACUUUAAGGAGCUGGGCUGGGAUGACUGGAUCAUCGCGCCGCUGGACUACCAGGCAUACCACUGCGAGGGCGUUUGUGACUUCCCGCUGCGCUCGCACCUUGAGCCCACCAACCACGCCAUCAUUCAGACGCUGCUCAACUCCAUGGCGCCCGAUGCGGCGCCGGCCUCCUGCUGCGUGCCCGCGCGCCUCAGCCCCAUCAGCAUCCUCUACAUCGACGCUGCCAACAACGUGGUCUACAAGCAGUACGAGGACAUGGUGGUGGAGGCGUGCGGCUGCAGGUAG